CAGUUGUUCGCGCCUCCAGCCUCCGUCUGCACAGUGAGGCUCCUGGCGCACUGCAGUGGUCCUCGUCCAAAGAAAUCCCCCUCCCCUUUUCCUCCCCCUCCUCCGUCCCCUCCCCUCAUUCCUCCUCCUCCCCCUCCUCCCACCCAGCGGGGGAGGGAGGGGCACCACGGCUUGACUUUCAUGCGCGAUGCGCCGGGCAGCCUGGCUGCUCCUCUCUGAGCUGGCCGGGCUGCCGCUGCUGGUCACCGCCUUCGCGAUAGUAAGCGACGGCGCCCGCCGGUCCCCAGGAGCGCGCGCACGCCGUCGGCGCCUCCAGGAGGGGCACGGUGCACGCGGCGCACAAGCUGCAGGCUGGUGCUGGCCUGGCAGCCGCCACGUGGGUGCCGCAGACCCCCUGGGGGAAGGUCGCCGCGGGAGGCCCGAGAGCCGCACGCCGCCCAGGACCGCGCGGGAUCGCCACCGAGGGGCCAUCGCCGAUCCAUCGGCCGACGCGCAGCCCGCCGACGAUUUGGAGGAGGACGCCACGUCGCUCUUCUUCGUGCACAGGCUGAUGCCCAUCGGCGUGAACGAGACACCAUGGCAGACUGCGGCGGGCCGCACCAGCCUCCGUGCACCCUCUUCAUGAGGUACUUCACGUGGAACUUCACGAUGCAGAUGGGAUGGUCCAUCGUCACGUGGAUCCUCAUGGGUCUCACCGUGGUAUCUUUCUGCGCAUGUUGCUGCGUGUCCAAGAGGUGACUGCCAGACCUCGCGUGACGCGCCGCGUUGACCUGCUCUGCCUGCGUUUUGACUGCCAGACCUCGCGUGCCGCGCCGGGUCGGCCUGCUCUGCCUGCGUUUUGGGCGCAGUGUUCGGUCCGCUUUGACCGAGAGCUGGGUCGGCUCUUUCGGGCGCAGAUUUCGCAUCAG